UCACAAAGCGCGUAACAUCAAUUUGUUCUCGAACAGCAGAGUCCAGGACCUCGCUUUCACGUAGGGUGUGUGGAAACCAAGUUGAGAAUAGAGUUCGAAUUUGCAUUUGAAUUUGCAUAACACAUACUUUUCCCGGUUCAGAGCUUUAUUCGGCAGAGAGAAGUUUCUUCCUUUGCCACUAUUUUAUUGAAACACCAUGAAAUCAGUAGACGAGAUAUUACCUUGGGAUCGAUAACGCACGAUGACUAGAUUGUUUAAAAGUUCAGAAGAGACGUUUGAUGUGGUCCUGUCCGGCGGUUCGCCAUGGGGUUUUACAUUACAAGGAGGCAGCGAAUUCAGAACGAAACUUUCUGUCUCAAAGGUAACUCAAUCAGAAUAUUUUUUUCUUUAGAAGCUUGACCGAUUCCUUAGGUAGCAAUAAACCCAAAAAGGAAAUGAUGGUAUCUUUGAUAUCCUCUAGAAUUUCGCCUCUAGCGGUCUUUGUUUACUGUGGUGUUUUUGUCGUCAGAAUUGUGGGUAGAGAUCGAUUAGGUAGAUUUCCAUAUCCAAAAUAGACUCACAGAGACCGACACCGGUCGUAUUAGCGGCUUUUGUAUAAAUAGAACUUCCUAACCAUACAUCUCUGAUUGGAGAUGAACGUUUGUGAUUUUUGAGUAUAAUGUUACCUUCCUGGUUCAAUUCUUGAUGAAACACUAGCCGAGUUUUCCUUGGACAACGAUCGCUAGCUUCCGCAGAUUAUUGACGCGUUGACUGCGAUUUUAGCAUGCUUCUCACCUAAUUACGUUCCUUAAAUGAGUGGUCGGUAUUGAAGGACCCUUAUCGAGGCCGUCGAAGUUUGCUGAAUAUAAAGUAAUCGAAGAGAAUAUUCGAGAAGCUAGCACGCAUUAGCGAACAAGUGCAUCAAUACCUGACAAAAUUCCCAGCACCCGUCAUGAUUGACAUGCGAAGCUUAUCAGCGGCUCCGUGUUGAUUGCAAAAUUUGCAAGAUGUUGUGCCCAUUACCUGACAGAAUGCAGAGUUUAAAUAUUGUGUUACGUUCAUGUUGUGCUAAAAUCUUUCGCAUUCCACAGUAACGUCGGCGGUAGUCUAAUUCUAUUAAGGUAUUCUCGACAAUGUUUUUGGGGGAUUAACGUCGUCAGACGAGGUUUGUGUGUUCUGAUGUAGAAUCUAGGAUUCUAAGGUACUCGAAUCUUGGCAACGUUAGUUCUGUUUGCACUGUUUGGGUACUUUUCGUGGUAAGGCAACCCUGGUAAUGGCUGAACUGAACUAACGGCCCAACUGCGUAAGAUAUUUAUACAAUUUCGAGUUUUUGCAGUGUCUUUGUGUUUGGCAAGGAACAGUGAAAUUUAUAGACAUGGUUGAAUGACUGUGGGAGUCAUGUAAUAUUCUGAACUCGUGCUCCCGAGAACGACUGAUAUUUCCUCCUAGUUAUUCAUGUUUUCCUUAUGCACAAGUUAAAUGUUUUGUAAAAGAAAAAUGACAGGAAUCUCUCCCUUUUGUAAUCUCUGGUUUCUGUUUUGCAGUUUUUAAUUUGUCUUCCUUUCCACAACCAAUUUGUUAGAGCGAACAAUUUUGAAGGGAACACGUCACAUUUCCUGCGCUGAUAAGACUUUCGUUUUGUCUUAGCUAAUAUCUGUAAAAUCACAAUAUUUUUUUCUCUUGGUUUUGGAGGCAAAAAUGACGAUGUGAAAUUGCUUCUUGAAUAACUAGUACGUUUGUUAUUUUCAGUGUGAAUAGUGGUUUAUCAAGAUUAGAAAGUAUUUAGGUACAAAACAGUUUUAAGUAAUUUUUUGUUCUGUUGCUAUUCUCGGGAAGGAAACAAUACAUUAAUUUGUUACAGUUUAAACCGUUGUAAGGUUAUUUAUUUUACUUUACACAUAUUUGAUCCAUAUUUGAAUUUACAGGAAAUCUGAUUACUAAAACAGGCAUUAUCCUGUCUAUAACUGACCUUACUUUGAAUAUUAAUUAUUUUAAACUAACUGUUAACACAUGAAGUCUCUGUCAAAAUAAUCUUACUUUUUUGCUAAUUGAAGUGAAUUUUUUAAUGAAAUAUGCAGAUUUCUCACUACAGUGUUGGUACUGCAAUCUAAUCCUUUUAAUAAUUACACUGUUCCAUAUUUGUUUUUAAUGGCUCUUUGUGAUACAGUAUCAUCAGUUGACAGGUUUUAGGGACGUCUAAUGUGUAUGAGAACUCACUUAUUCCAGUGAAAACUUACAGUUUAAGCAAUUCCAAAGUUUUAAUGUCCUGUUCAGGCUCUCUGUUUUUGGUAAAGGGAGCUAAAAAUCACAAGCACAUGUUUGGGAAAAAAUGAAUGAGAGGUAGUGAGAAAAUGGUUAUGGGGGAGUUCUUUCUUGUGCUUUACUUAAAGAAAAUUUUCAGUCUCCUUGGAAGGUAACUUAAAUAUGUCCUAUUUCAACUCGACAGAACCAGACAUCAAUUUCUUCACAAAUAGCUUGUUCUCUAUUUUCAUUUGAAUCCUUUUUGAGGUCAGGAUUAUUUUCAUGUUCAUUAAUACUAUCCUUAAUAGAGAAACUGCAAUUUUUGAGGCAUGUUUUCAUUUAACUGUGAUACAUAAAAUUUUGAUGAUAAAAUUAUGCCUUAUAAAGAGUUAAAGAAAAUGGGUGAAGAGCUAGAGGGACUGUCUCUACUUGUCCCUUUUAGGAAAGUGCCCAGUAAAGACAAUUUAACUGUAUUGGUACACUGUAAUAAUAUUCCUCUCUUACGAUAAGGUGCUACUCCAUUACAAAUUCAAGCUCAGUGUUAGAUGUAUGGUUACAGGAGUUUUAAUUCCCAGGCUCUCUUGGGCCUGGUUGCUUCUGGCAGUUGGUCAAAAGAGGUCAAAACUGAAAAACUAAAAAUAUCCUUAGUAGGCCAGGGCUUCCAGUGAAACCCAAAAAGUUCAAGGACCAAACAUUAAGCCCCGCAAAAAUCCCAUGCCCAUAAUAUUCUUACUCCGGAGUUCAUCAAAUAUUAAUCAUCCACAAAACAAGUUUGGUUGUACUUUAUAACGCAGAGCGACGCUGCUGGCAUGCUCGUACAGUACCAAAAAAAUACUCGCCUAAUUUUCCUACUAAAAAUAUUUCAGAGUGGAAAAUUUUGAAUCCAAAAAAUAACUUUCGAUCACCUUGUCACUUAACUCAGGAGUAACCCCCCUGGGGGUUUGGAUUAACCUAUUGGUAUCAUGUUGUUGGCACCCUUUAUGGAGAUUAGGGGUGAGACAGUAAUUAUUGAAGCAAACAGUUUCUUGCCUAUGGAAUUAAAUACCACAAUGAUUGUACACGGAUCAGUGUUUAGACUACCCAAUCCAACAGGUUGAGUAAAAAAUGUCACCUUUUUCAGGCCUGCCAUUUUUUUCUUUUUACACACAUCUGGGAGAAAAUCCAACUUUAAUCGAUCAAACCAGAGCAUUUGUGGGACAGUUUGUUAUGUUGACAUUUAUUUUCUUUAAUUUCUGUGCAAAUCUUCAGCUGCAAAAUUAUAGUCUUUAAUAAUAUUUUAUCCAUCUGGUCAUCAUGUCUGAUGACUGGUAGGAUUUUUUCAGUCAUGGACAAAAUUUAGUUAGGCAUUGUCCAAUUACUGAUUGUUAUUUGUAGCCCAACUACUUUAGUCCUAUAUUAAAUUGUUUUGUUUAUAUAAUGAUUCUACUACAGUGGAAGCCUUCCUAACGGACACUCUCAUAAAUGAACAGCUCUACUCAUGGCCGUCUUCACAAAACCCUGUUUUUCUCAACUCCAAUAAAAAUGUCUUUUUAAUUUUUACAUUUCCCUGAGCGGCCAGCUUCAGUGAUGGACACCUUUUUUGCAUUCUAAGGGUGUCCACUCACGAGACCUUCCUUUGUAUACCAAUGUAAGUCAUGUGUUAAAAGACAAAAGUUGUAAUAAUGUCAGGAAACAAAAGCUAAACAGAUUUACAGUAUAUAUGACGUGUGAAAAAAUACCAGUCAUGAUGAUGAUGAUGAUGAUUUAUCUCUUUUCAAUUAACUUACAAAGUUUCAGUAAAAAAAUUGAGAACUGUCGGUGGGACAGUUUAAUUGGCUGCACAAUAUAUUAAUAAAUACCAUCAUUCAAGAUAUUUGCAUCUCCUUGGUAUGUGUUUCUAAAUAUUCAUAUCUCAUGUUCAUUGAACUAAAUGUUCAAUAGACUAUCAUAUUUUGUGGACUAAUGAAACCAACCUGAUAAUGUGCUCGAAAAUUUUGUUAAAACUGUAAAAAUUUUAAAAAACAGUUCUUUAGUUUUUCAGCAAUAAGUUGUAAAGAAAGUACACUGUAAAAUGCCUGUAAUAGUUUUUUUUCACUUUCAGGCGCCUACAAUCUGUAGCAAAGAAUGGAGGCAUAUGCCUAAACAAAACAUUAUUCAUUAUUUUUGUAUUUAUUUAAGAAAAAUGUCCACAACAGCUAGACUAUGGGUGUGUCAGCGCUCCGAUUUCCUUAUGAGCAUUCCAAACAUAUUUAGACUUAUGCACCACUGCCUUGAUGUUACGUGCUUUAACGAAUAUUGCACGCUUCAAAUUUAUUUUUUGUUAUUGUGAAAUAUACAGUAUUUAAAUGAACCGGUCCACACAUUCAGCAUUCCACUGAUUGUAAUUAUACUCGUAGAAGUAAAGGUUUUAUGUACAUUGAUAUUGCUUUUGAAUUUUUAUGAAUAUUUGUGUCUCAAUUAUUACCAGCUAUACUGCUUAAGAAUUUUAAGUUUUACAAGUUUCAGUCUUUGAUUGUUUAUAAAUCAGUGGGAAAAUAAGGAACGUCCUGUCUUUGUUUACAUCGUCAAUAUUUCUGUUUGUAGCAUGUCGUAUGCCUUCAGCUAGUCUUUUGUGACAUUCUUUUUGGUAGUUGAUGCAUGCACUAAUAUUGAAUAUUACAGAUUCUGUUCCUGUGAUCAAAGAGAGUUAGUACUUUCUUCUUCUCUGUUAAUGUGAUUUGGGCAGAGAUACGUUUUAAUGGUGUAACUGCUGAAUGACUACAUGUAAGUGAUGGUUAAGUAGUCAGUAUUGUAGCCAAAUGUCCCAGUGUUUAAAAUUGGAGUGAAAGGUAAUGCUUAACAAUAAUUAUUAUUGUUGAUGCAGUUCUUGUAAUUCUUUAGCAGUGUAUUAAGUCAAAAAUGUGUCAAACUAUUGAUUCUCAUUUGUCAAUUUUUUGAAACAUCCUUAGUCAUAACUGGAUUUUACAUCUUCUGCCCUAUGUUUAUCUUUGCUUUAUUUCUUUUUUAAAAAUUUUUUUAACAGUCUGUGUUAUGACACGAGUGAGCAAAAUCAUAUGUUCAAGUUAAACUGUUAAAAUUUGUAAAAGUAAUGAUGGUUACAUGAAAAAGAUUCCAAGGACAUGUUUUGAUAACCUUAUAACUGAUGGAAGGUUUAAGUUUGGCUUAAAUUUAUGACAUUCUGGAGUUUUAGAUUAGAGUUGUCAUGUAGCAAAAUAGUAAUACUCAUUUUAUGUUGUUAUAAAUUUGUUUUCUAUUCAACUGUUUCCUCCAAAAAAAUACUUGACAUUAGUAGAUUUCAGACUGAAGGAAUUAUCUAUUUCGUAACAAUAGUCCGCUGGUUCAGUUGUAUGCAUAAUUCUAUGCUGAUCGUGUGUCAUUACCAAAUCAAAACAGACUAGAAUUUUCUUUUAUAUUAUAAUAAUUGAUUAUCGAAGCAUUUAGAUGAUAAAGAUGAUAACUUUUUCACUCAGCUGUCUUUUAAUGUGAAAAUAAGAUGAUUGUUAUGAGUGGUCAAAAUAAUUCUUGGAAUGUAUUUUGUGUUUGUUCUUUGUGGUCAGUUACUAUAACAGUAACCGACCACAAAGUAUAAACACAAAAUACAUUCCACGAAUAGUUACUAUUGAUACAAAUUUUAACCGCAACAAUAAAAUCCAAGCUGCAAAAAAGAAUAGAAUAUUAAAACUCAUGCUUACAAUCAUGUAUAUUGAUUAAUGGUGAGGAGAUAAUGGAUUCAAACGAUUUAUGUUGGGUUGAUCCAGGAUCGUAAAGCAUCUACUAGGGUUUUUCUUGGUAUUAUUUUUGACAAACAUUUAUCUUAUUGUUUGAGUUUACAUCCAACUUAAGAGCAAUACUUCAUGUGGAGUUGGAAACACUUCUUUUGAUAUGGUUUGAAUUACAUUUGUAUGAAAUUUUUAUGAUUGUAUUAGACUGUUACCAGCUUUUUAAAAUGACGUUUAGUGGUAAUUUGAUGUACUUACAUGUAAAUGCUUUUUUGAAGUAAUUUCAGUAGCAGCCAAUCAUACAGCCUAUUUGAACCACUGAGAUUUACACUUGAAAGACAUAAUGUUUUUUGCUGUUAGAAAAUAUGAAUCAGUACAGAGCUUUAACAGUGAGGCUGUGUCCUUUGUAGGCCAUGUGCUAGCACAUUACUGUAUUUUUUAUGCAGUUCUUGACUUUGGUUAGUCAAAGAAACGAUGUUACUAUUUUUCGUAAUUGAUAAUUUUGAAACCCUAAAGUAUAUGUCUUUGGCUUUCGAUGAAGGUUUUUUCAUGGUUUCUCAACAUUAUACAAUGUACGCUGAGGAAAGCUUUAUCAUUUUUUUUCCCCAAAAUAUGUUAACAGGGUUUUAUUUUAUGUAAGGAGGUUAAGCUCUGUCCAGAUCGCAAAAUGCUAAAACUUCUACCAUGGUGAUAAUUUGUUUCCGCCACUUCUACAUUCUCAUUUAAACUCAUGGUAGAAUGAUGACAGCUAUCACAUUUUUCCUGCCCAAAUAAUGCUGGCACUUUGCAGUGCACACAUGCCAAUAGUGAACUUACGCAACAGGGUGGGAGAGGGAAGAAGACGGCAAACCUUGUGUGACAAGUAUGACAAUGAUUUUGUUUGAAAUAACUUUUGGCCAACUUUACUUCCCUUUAAACAGAUCUUUUUGUAAAAGACCAGAAAGCAUUAAUUUAAGUGAAGAUCACGACAUAAACACGCAAGUAUUGACCCUGUCACGUUUGUCACAUACAAGUGUGAUGCCGUCCUUUCCUUCCUGUGGUCCUGUUGUGUAAACUCACUCCUAAUUGGUGUGUAUUCAGAAAAUCUGAUCCCCAUUGUCUUAUCUUGUAAUCUAAAGGUCUCUGAUGAUGUGUUCCAUAUCCACAGCAUAAGUGACCGUGUUUUGCUGUUUCAGGUUACUCCAGGCGGAAAAGCAGAUAUAUCUCAAUCUAUUGCUGUUGGUGAUGAGGUGAUAGCUAUUAAUGGUAUUGACUGUAUAUCUCGAUCUGAGGCAAUAGAGUUGGUUAGGUGCUCCAGACAGAAACUCAAAAUCAAGUUGCGAAGGUAAGCAAUGAAAAUUAUUGGAUAAUGAAUCUUCACACUGAUGGAAAUCCUUGAGUUUUAGUUGUUUUAAAUUUGUGUUUAUCAUACACAAUGUGUACAUACGGUCAAUGUCCCAAUCCAGAACUAGUCAUUCUGUGAUGACAACAACAUUUUUCAAAAGAGGCAAAAAUUAUUGUGGAGAUUUGCGUCAUAGUUUUAAGUAACAUAUUUAGUAAAGAAAUGUCUUAAGUGUUCCUUUGAGGACCAUGAGAAAUGAUA